AUGAUGGGAGAAGAAGGCAUUAUUGUUCCGUUUUGCGCAUCCGUUGAUGCCUACAUUAAGAAGGGUGCGGGAAUUGACUUGAUUAUGAAGUCCGUGGCAGGUCUUUCUCGCUUGGUGUCUCUCUACUCCCAGAACGAGGAGACAAGUCGGAAUUAUGCCAAGUUUGGCCAAGCCAUCAUUAAUUGCCGCAUGUUGGCCAACCACUUCCGUUAUGCUGAGUCGUUAAACUUCGCGAUAGUGAAAUUUAAAAAAAGGGAUGGUCGCCCACUUCUUUCUUGGUUGUGUCUCGUCGGCUCUUUCUUUUUCCGCUCACUGGAACAGGUCUUUGGCGACUUGAACUACUACCAGUCGGUCUUUAUGCAUCAUUGGAGUCGUACUUUCUUGAGUCUCGGCUAUUGGUUUUUUAAGUCCCUUUCACUGACCUGCGGGUUUUUUUACGAAUUGAUGUCUCUGAGAGCCACCAUUGCGUCACCGGACUGGCGAACCAAAAGUGCGCAGGGGCGUUCAAAGAUUUUGAGGGCGGGAUGCAUUUCGCUGCUCCGAUAUAUCUUUGAUAUGGUGGUUUACUAUCAGUGGGUCCCGUGGUACAAUCCGUACAAGACGGUACAGUACGCGUCUGCCGCUGCCGCCGGCAUCCUUGGCAUCUACGUGUCUUGGAAAGAAACACAGGCUGCACGCGUCGCUGGGGCAAAGAAGGCACCGGAAUUGCGCACUGCGAUGAAUGGGAAGGAAGGGAAUGAAAUCGCAGAAUUAAAAACCGUGGUCCCAGCAGAAUGA